ACAAUAUAUAUAUAUAUAUAUAUAAAAGAUCUGCAAGGUAAAUUUGAUCAAAAAUGCAUCACGGUCUGCCUCUUGGGUUCGUUGUCAUCGCGGUGGUUGUUGCUGCCAAUGGUGUGAGCACCCUCACGUGCUACUCGUGCUCCUGGAACUCCAUUACAGGUGGUGACGACGACUGCAAACACAUAACAGUAGGAACAACCGGGACCGAAGUGUGCGACUCCUCGGACGACCAAUGUGAGCUUUCGGUGACCUAUGCAAACUAUAAUCCCAUCGACGUUGAAAGAAGAUGCAGUAAUUCUUGUUCCGAAAAUGAAAACAUCUACGCAGGGACUGGUGAGGAGACGAAAUGCUGCGAUUCGACGAAUCUUUGCAAUUCCGAAGAUGGAGGUUUGGCUGUUAGAGUUUCGGUUAUGACUGUUUCCAUAACGACCAUAAUCUCGAUGUUUUCAAUUUAG